CCAAAAAAAAUAUUAAUCCAGACGACCAUGAGCCGAGGUGUCAAAGUGGAUCGCUGAAACUGAGGAAAAUCUACUUUCUAGCUGUCCUGCUCGGGUUGAAGUGAGGAUUCAGGUCCAUCCAGGUGUUCUGGUGUCAGGGAGGAUGACGGUGAAGCUGGACUUUGAGGAGUGUCUGAAGGACUCUCCGCGCUUCAGGGCGGAAAUUGAAGUGGUCCAGAACGACGUGAUUGAACUCGAGAGUCGAUUGGAAAAGCUUGUGAAACAAUGCCAGGCCAUGCUGGAUGCAGGCAGAGCGUACUGUCACACCAGCAAGAGCUUUGUCAACGGCCUCCGGGAGCUGGGACACCAGUGCUCCAGGGACAAGAUGAUGGAGGACUGCUUGGACAAAUUUUCCAAGAAGCUGUCCGUCAUACUGGAUGCACACGGGGAAGUGAUCGAGACCACGCAGAAGGCAGUGAAGAUGAAGCUGCACACCUUCGUGAAGGAAGACAUUCGUGGGUUUAAGGACAUGCGUAAAGAGUUUGAGCGCAGCAGCGAAACGCUGGAGACGGCGCUGUCCAGGAACGCUCAGGCUCCCCGAGGGAAGCAGCACGAAGUGGAGGAUGCCACCAACGCUCUGCUCAAUGCACGCAGAGCCUUCCGCUCAGGGGCUCUGGACUACGUUCUGGAGAUUAACGUCAUUGAGGCCAAGAAGAAGACGGACAUUCUGAUGGCAAUGUUGUCUCUGAUGGAGGCCCAGGCCCAGUUCUUCCAACAAGGCCACCAGUCUCUGUCAGAGCUGGACGAUUACAGACAAAAACUUAACAAAGAGAUCUCUUCACACCUUGUCCUUAACAGAACACGUAAUUUGAGUGACAUGGAGUGAUUUGCGUCUCUUUAACAUUAUAAGGACGUGUCCUACGAUGACUCCAUUAUGGAUUUCAAUUCCGACGCUGCUAACGGGAUUGCAAUGGAAGGUUACCUUUAUAAGAGGGCCAGCAACGCUUUUAAAACCUGGAACAGACGUUGGUUUUCAAUUCAGAAAAACCAGCUGGUGUAUCAAAAGAGGUUUAAGGACCAGCCCACCGUUGUGGUCGAGGACUUGCGUCUUUGCACGGUCAAGCCCAGCGCUGAGAACGAGAGGCGGUUCUGCUUUGAAGUGGUGUCUCCGUCAAAGUGUUGUUUGUUGCAGGCGGACUCAGAAAGGCAGCAGCAAGCGUGGAUCAGCGCAGUCCAAAACAGCAUCGCCUCGGCCUUUCAGGAGUGCAGAGAGGACACGCACAGUCCAAGGCAGCGCUGCAGUUCUGUGUCAACAAGUAGUUUAGGGGGCAGUGGAGGAUGCGUGGAUCAGGAGAACGAGGGAUGCAAGGCGCUGGACGAGAUCCAGACAAUCCCAGGGAACAGGCAGUGCUGCGACUGCGGAGAGCCCAGUCCUGAGUGGGCCUCCAUCAACCUGGGCAUCACGCUGUGUAUCGUCUGCUCAGGAAUCCACAGGAGCCUAGGAGUACAUUUUUCCAAAGUUCGUUCCCUGACUCUGGACUCCUGGGAGCCCGAGCUCAUUAAGUUAAUGUGUGAGUUGGGAAAUUCGGUGAUCAACAGGAUCUACGAGGCUCGGAUUGAUGAGAUCACCAUCAAGAAGCCUCACCCAACCAGUCCCAGAGCAGACAAGGAGUCAUGGAUUCGGUCGAAGUACGUAGAGAAGAAGUUUAUCCAGAAGCUGCCGGAGACUGGCAGAAACCCCCUGCUGAGGCGAUCCAGCGCCAGGAGAACCAGAGCUACGACGCAGGAUCGGAAUGUGCAGCGACCGCCUCUCAAACCCAAACCGAACCGAGCCACGCUGCCUCGGCUGACAGGGCUUAGCCCCAGCAACAUUGUCCACAAGAACAAUACUGGCUUUCAUAAAGAUGAAGAAGAGGAAGAGGAAGAUCUCAGCGACCUUCACCCCGGGGCACUGUUGUAUCGCUCAGCCGCUCUGCAGAACUUCCCCGUCAUGGCCGACGCUCUGGCCCACGGAGCAGACGUCAACUGGGUCAACUUGGCUGAGGAGUCGAGCACGCCUCUGAUCCAGGCCGUCUCAGUGAACGCCCUGGCAGCCUGCGAGUUCCUGCUGCAGAACGGCGCCAACGUCAACCAGGUGGACAGCAGCGGGCGAGGGCCGCUGCACCACGGCACCAUCCUCGGUCACACGGGGCUUGUUUGUCUCUUCCUGAAGCGAGGCGCCGACUACAACGCCCGAGACAAGAACCAAAAAGACCCCAUAACCAUCGCUGUGGACAACGCGAAUGCCGACAUCGUCACCCUGUUACGGAUCGCCAAAAUGAACAAGGAGAUGCGGGAGAUGGACGGAGCGUUCGGCCAAUCAGGUGAUGAAAUCUACCAGGACAUUUUCAGAGACUUUUCACACAUGGCCUCAAAUAACCCCGAGAAGCUGAAGCGCCGCAGCGCAGACCCUAAAUCCUAACCAGCUGCUGGCACCGCCGCCUCCUCCAUCUGUGCACCGUCUGAGUGUUUUCACACACACACUUCCUGGAUACCUGCCACUUGUUGGGUCAGAGCUCAGCUGGUGCCGACUUCAGACGGGACCAACGCUCCAAACAGCCAAUUCUUUGAGCUCACGUCACAGAGGAACAAUGGUGUCCGAGUGGAAACAGUGGAGCAGCUUCAUGAGGGGGGUGUGUCCCACAGAGGCCACAGCUCUGCCAGGAGGCAUGUAUAC